CACGCGUUGCUUAAAUAUAUAUUACUUAUUACUACUAGUAUAUACUGUACUAAGUCGCCACAACUAUUAAAAUACUGCUACAAAGACGACGUGAGCGGUGAUCAAAACACAACCUCGUCGCAGCCGCAGCUGCUGCUCAAUUCACUUCCUACUUCGCUCGGUGCGGUCUUGGAGGCAUACACGAGCGUGCAGUCAGUGGGGGAGAUGCGGAACAGACCUGCCGCUUUGCCACGUCGUCGCAUUUUCGUUGGUUGUACGAGUAGCGCGGGAGGGCAACGAAGAGGCGGACGGGGGCGAUGAGGAUGAUAAUGGUGCCGGUCAGAUGGUGGCUUCGGCUUGACCGACUCGAGAAUGGGCACGACGUCCAUCACGUCGUCUUCGCCCCAAGAUUUGGCAUUGUUGUGGGUAGAAUGCGCGACGUGGGUCGACAGUGUCGCACGACUCGAGGGCAGCCUCGUACUCGUGGCAUCUGUAAGUCGAAAAGUGGAUUGCGUGUGCAAGUUGUUUGGGGUGGUGGUGAUGGCCUUGACGUUGGGCACGACAUGGGGGGAGGGGCCUUCUUGGUCGUGGAGGCAAGAAACUGUUUUGGCCAGACUUUCGGGGCACUUGAAACAAAUAGGCACGCGCGGGGGCGACCGUCGCUGAUGUGGCAGCACCUGGACGGGCAACGGGGCGUACGUCGUACAGGUGGCGCAAAUAGCAUGGCCGCAGAGUCGGCAAUGGUGGCGCCUCGCGAACACCACGCCAAACGAUUUAAAGCACAAAUAACAGUACGCGUUGUGUGUCCACAGAGAUUUGGGCACAAUCGUCAUCCCGUGCAUGCCAGUGCGAAACCAUCGAGUGGCUGACACUGCCAAGUGCUGAAUCCCGUCCAUGGACAACACAGACGCUGGGGGAACGGACUGGAAUUGCAGCAGAAACGAUAUAGUGCACGUCGUUGGACCGUUGGAUUCAAUCACGAAGCCACUGGGGUGCAGCAGGGCGAGACGCGAGAUCGAGUCUGUGGUGGCCCGUCCUGGAAGCAUUGCAGGUUGCCAUACUUGAACGCCCACGUGCAUGUGUUCGGCCGUGAGUGGCGGAUCGUCAUAUACGUGAAAAGCCAAGGGGGCGCCGCUGUCGUCGUACGCGUGGGUAGAUGUGAGGAACGUCAGGUCGUACAUGUUGUGGUCGUGCUGGAGCGCGAGCCAGUGCAGCGACACUGGGCUCGGAUCACUGUGGAGCCGGACACCAUCGACAAACGACUCGCCAAAGUACUGAAACAUGCGCUUUCGAAACGAUUGGCUGGUGCUACUGUCCAUGGCCAGCGAGUGCACGAGGGACUGAACGGUGCCACGCACGACCGUCACUGCUUUGACGCCGUGGCUGGUUCGAUAGAGGUCGAUGCCAUCGACAGCGCCGGCGUACUCGAACGAAGAUGCGGCUUCGUCGUCCAAGAGGCGAUCCGCGGCGACGUCGGCAAGGCGGUGGUUGGUGGCAUGGUCGUCGCGCCGCAACGGCUCGAUCGAAAGCAUCCGCAUGGUGGAUGCGAUUGCUGCUGCGGCCAUCGUG